CAUGUUUGUUGGACUGGGAAUGGAGCCGUCAAUCACUUGCUUGAGGACGUUAGGCUAUCUGGAACCCAUCAAUCCGUCCCGAGAUCUCACAAUAUUGGAUUGGGAUGACAAUGUGGAGAUGUCGCUACUGCUGGUGAUUGGAUCUGUGAUCUUAAUGCAGCUGCUGCUCCUCAUUUAUGUUGUCCUCAGCACCGUGCAACCUUGCGUCAUCUACCGGCAGCAGCGCAACGAGAGCAACCGUCGACGGUACCGCAACUUCAUCGUACACCGCCUGCUGGCACAGCUCGAUCAAGCCCUGAUGCGGCGCCCAGACGCUGGCGAGGAGCUCAACUCGUGUAUUGAGGCCAAACAGAGGGCCGAGUCAGCGAUUCGUUUGUUCUGGUGCGAUGCCGCAAAGGUGCUCUAUCCCGAACAUGAAUUGGACUCAUUGACAGCCAGUGAUAUGUAUUUCGUCCUCCUGGACGAGGAGGCGGAACUGAAUUCCGCUGGCUAUGCCAGCGUCGAUUUUAAUGUAACGGCUUCAUUCCUGGAGAGCCUAAUGUAUCCAGAGCGUGCCAACACUUGCCGUACAAAUCAAAUAAAAUCGUAAAACACUCA